GUGCCCCGGGGGCUUCUCAACCCCCCCCGCUCAACGGUGCCGUGAUGCACCUCCGCGCGCCUUACCCGGUACCUUGGGGUCGUCCGGGGCCUGCGUCCUCCUCCUCCGGUGGAGGAUGCGCUUUCCUACCUGGACCAGGUGAAGAUCCGCUUUGGCAGCGACCCAGCCACCUACAACGGAUUCCUGGAGAUCAUGAAAGAGUUCAAGAGCCAGAGCAUUGACACCCCUGGAGUGAUCAGACGUGUUUCACAGCUUUUCCAUGAACAUCCCGACCUCAUAGUAGGCUUCAAUGCUUUCCUUCCUCUUGGCUACAGGAUAGAAAUUCCAAAGAAUGGGAAGUUAAGUAUACAGUCACCUCUGAACAGUCAGGUGCCCUCAGAGGCUGUCCCCAGCGCUCCCCCUGGCAGUGGGCUGAUGCUGCAUUACUCCCAGGAGAACUCCCACAAUCACAGCGACUGUUCCGAGGAGCUGAGGCAACAGCUUCCCUACAAAGAAGAUAAAUCCCAGAUUCCUUUGGAGUCUGAUUCUGUAGAGUUCAAUAAUGCUAUCAGUUAUGUGAAUAAGAUCAAAACACGUUUUCUUGACCAUCCAGAGAUUUACAGAUCCUUUUUAGAAAUUCUUCAUACUUACCAGAAAGAGCAGCUGAACACUAAGGGCCGACCCUUUCGGGGCAUGUCAGAGGAAGAAGUGUUCACUGAAGUAGCAAAUCUGUUCAGGGGACAGGAGGAUCUGCUUUCUGAGUUUGGACAAUUCCUCCCAGAGGCUAAAAGGUCUUUGUUCACAGGAAAUGGACCAUGUGAAGUGAACAGCAUCCAGAAAACCGACCACGAGAAGAACCUGGAGCACAGCAAAAAGCGAUCCAGGCCACUGCUGCUGCGGCCUGUUUCUGGGCCAGCAAAGAAGAAGAUGAAACUGCGAGGUACCAAAGAUCUGUCGGUAGCGACCGUGGGGAAAUAUGGAACACUGCAAGAGUUUUCCUUCUUCGACAAGGUGCGCAGGGUGCUAAAGAGUCAAGAAGUCUAUGAAAACUUCCUCCGUUGCAUUGCUCUCUUCAACCAGGAGCUGGUCUCUGGCUCUGAGCUGCUCCAGCUAGUUACACCAUUUUUGGGGAAAUUCCCAGAGCUCUUUGCACAGUUCAAGUCCUUUCUUGGUGUGAAAGAGCUUUCAUUUGCUUCUCCACUGAGUGACCGAUCCGGGGAUGGAAUGAGUCGGGAGAUUGAUUACGCUUCCUGCAAGCGCAUAGGAUCGAGUUACCGGGCUCUCCCCAAAACCUAUCAGCAGCCAAAGUGCAGUGGAAGGACAGCCAUUUGCAAGGAGGUGUUAAAUGAUACUUGGGUUUCAUUUCCAUCCUGGUCUGAAGACUCCACUUUUGUCAGCUCCAAGAAGACUCCUUACGAGGAGCAGUUGCAUCGCUGUGAGGACGAGCGGUUUGAGCUGGAUGUUGUCUUGGAGACCAAUUUAGCCACAAUCCGUGUGCUGGAGAGUGUGCAGAAAAAACUGUCGCGACUGACACAGGAGGAUCAGGAGAAGUUCCGGCUGGAUGAUUGCUUGGGGGGGACAUCAGAGGUGAUCCAGCGCAGGGCCAUCUAUCGCAUCUACGGGGACAAGGCACCAGAGAUCAUUGAAAGUCUGAAGAAAAACCCAGUCACUGCAGUCCCUGUUGUUCUCAAGAGGUUGAAAGCAAAAGAGGAGGAAUGGCGGGAAGCCCAGCAGGGCUUCAACAAGAUCUGGCGGGAGCAGUAUGAGAAAGCCUACUUGAAGUCCCUUGACCACCAGGCUGUCAACUUCAAACAAAAUGACACCAAAGCUUUGCGCUCCAAGAGCCUGCUGAACGAGAUUGAGAGUGUCUAUGAUGAGCAUCAGGAGCAGCAUUCAGAGGGCAGAAGUUCAUCCACAAAUGAGCCUCAUCUUAUCUUUAUCUAUGAAGAUAAGCAGAUUUUGGAAGAUGCAGCCUCUCUUAUCAGCUAUUAUGUGAAAAGGCAGCCUACUAUCCAAAAGGAGGAUCAAGCAACCAUCCGGCAGAUAGUGCAUCACUUCAUACCUGAGCUCUUCUUCUCCCAGCCCCCCGAGCACGGUAUUUCUGAGGAAUCCACAGAUGAGGACAGAGAAAACCAUCAGGGGCAGAACCUGGAUACUCCUGAGCUACGGAAAAAACACGUGCCCGGGCCUCCCAGCAGUCCUUUGGAGGCAAAAGCAACCUUCUGUGAUGUUACAGCUGCUGAGCCCCACAACGCUCUGGAUGACGUUUACAGCCUGUUCUUUGUCAAUAACAACUGGUAUUUCUUCCUCCGCCUUCACCAGACUCUCUGCUCCAGGCUCCUGAAGAUCUACCGUCAAGCUCAGAAGCAGCUGCUGGAAUAUCGGACUGAAAAAGAGAGAGAGAAGCUGCUUUGUGAGGGGAGAAAGGAAAAAACCAACGAUCCAGCCAUGGAACUAAGACUGAAGCAACCAAGUGAGGUGGAACUGGAGGAGUACUACCCUGCCUUCCUGGAUAUGGUGAGGAGUCUGCUGGAUGGGAAUAUUGAUCCAACACAGUAUGAGGACACCCUGAGGGAGAUGUUCACAAUCCACGCCUACAUCGGCUUCACCAUGGACAAGCUGGUGCAGAAUAUCGUUCGCCAGCUUCACCAUCUAGUGAGUGAUGACAUCUGCCUCAAGGUCGUGGAGCUCUACUUGAACGAAAGGAAGCGAGGUGCUGCUGGAGGUAACUUGUCCUCUAGGUGUGUGCGGGCGGCGAAGGAGACCAGCUAUCAGUGGAAGGCUGAACGUUGCAUGGCAGAUGAGAACUGUUUCAAGGUAAUGUUUCUUCAGCGCAAGGGCCAGGUGAUCAUGACUAUUGAGCUUCUGGAUACAGAAGAAACCCAGACAGAAGAUCCUGUGGAGGUCCAGCACCUGGCAAACUACAUGGAGCAGUACGUUGGGGUAGAAGGAGCUCCAAACAACCAGAAUGAUGGCUUCUUACUGAAACCAGUCUUUCUGCAGAGAAACCUGAAGAAGUUUCGCAGGUGGCAGUGUAAGCAAGUGAGAGCUCUGCGCAGUGAGGUGAAGAGCUCCUGGAAGAGACUGAUCGGGGUGGAAAGCGCCUGCAACGUCGACUGUCGCUUCAAGCUCAACACCCACAAAAUGAUGUUCAUCAUGAACUCUGAGGAUUACAUGUACAGGAGAGGAGCUCUCUGCAGAGCCAAGCAGGUGCAGCCAAUGGUGCUGCUGAAGCACCACCAGCAGUUUGAGGAGUGGCACAACAGGUGGCUAGAAGAGAACGUGACCAUGGAGGCAGUUGAUGUGGUUCAAGACUGGCUGAUGGGAGAUGAAGACGAGGAGAUGGUGCCCUGUAAAACGACGUGUGAGACAGUGAACGUCCACGGGGUCCCUGUCAACAGAUACAGAGUUCAGUACAGCCGCCGUCCAGCCUCACCGUGAGCAGGGACUUGCUCCUGGGACAGAGCAGCAGCAUUGCUGGUGAAACACAUUUAUGCUGAGAAUAGUGGUGGGAAUGCAAUGUAUGUAUUAAUGAUAUUUAUCCAAACAGCAUUUUACUUUGGAUUCUGAUGUAUUUUCCAUAUGGCAUAGACUUGUCUCCUUGCAGUGUAACCCUCCAGCCAUCAUGAAGAGACUCUUAAAAGCUUUAUGGGAGGAGUGCUCUCAGCAUUGCUACACAGCUUUUAGUGGUUUCCUGGCUUCAGGCCACUGCUGACUCACCAGUGCUGGAAAGCUGAGUGAGGGGUCAGGCUCUGGGUGAACUACCACCAGUGGCUUUAUGGAAGAGAUGGAGCUGGACUGGUGUUCGAGCAGAUGCUGGCAGCUGCUUCUACUUCAGAGGGUUUAAUAUUCCCUAUCUUCCUGAAUUUGUGCUAACUUGGAGCCUGCAGAACUCUUCAGUGUAACCUGAGUGCCAGCAGGGCUGAGAGCUCUGGCCCCGCUGUCUCAUCACCUGUGUGUACUGAUAAGGCAACAAAAGCAGCUUGUUACUGGUGCUCUGGUGGGAAAAACGCUGAAACUGAGACAAGGGGAUCAGCCUACUAAGCACUCUGUCACUCAUCAACGAAGUAUUUUGGGAGCAUGGACUAAGGGGAAGGAACUGGGUGAGCUGCAGGGCCCUGCAAGAGAGCAGCUUGCGCGGGGCAGCCCAGGCGCGGCGGCUGCUCUGGCACCCGAGCCCACCCCCUUGCUUUGUGAAUUCAGAACCUGCUGCAGACUCUGCCUCCUUCUCCAGUCUGGAGCUGCUCGAAGCAUGUGCCUGGGGAGGACUAUCCAUUGUGAGGUCUGGCCUGGUUUCCUUUAUUAGCUGGUGUGCAUGCUGACGGGCAGCCUCUGGACGCCGCGUUCGCUCCGUGCGUGUGGCCGGGCUCGCGGGGUUGUGCUGGGCUGUACCGCUCGGAUGCCACCGGGAGAUGGAGCUCCUGCAGCGCGGCGUUUGCGCUGGAGCUGAGCUGUGUCCCGGAUACUUCCCGGUUUCUGCUGGCUCAGCACGGGUGCUGCGUUUGCGGUGACACUCGGGACUCUGUAACGGGCAGCGUUAAAUCCAGCCACAGCCAUCGUCGACGAGCUUUUCCACUGAACUGCCUCUACUUCUGUCUAAGCUUUUUUUGCAAUGAAGCAUAACAAACCCCCAAACUGUGCAGAGCACCCUGUCAGACUGUCAAGAAAUUGUGCUUGUGUCUGUCCUGCAGCCCCACUGUGACUUUGCUCUUGUUUGUCAGGGGCCGAGGGCAAACGCGCUGUCCAUGGAGUGUGUUACAAACGUCAUGUCUUGAGGCAGGUCCAGCCUCCUUUCAGCUCUUGCUUCCAACCUUUUCCUGGGCUCUGAGGGAGUAACACCCACCCACCCCACCCCCAGGAUUUUGGUUUCUUAAUUUCUGUGUUAUAAUUUCUGCCAGACCCAAGUAGCAGCCUGUGGGACUUGUCCUGGGUUAUUUCCACUGCACAGCAUUUGGUUUUGCAACUGUCUCACUUGAUGGUAGAAAAAAAUUGGCCUUUGGGGUACAUUUAAUAGAGAACUGUACUGCCUCUUUGUCUUUGUUUGCAAAAUAAUCUGUAGGAGGGAAGGAGAGAGGCCAGGCUCUGGCAUCUGUGGCCACUUGCACAACCACUGCCAGCGAAGGACUUUCAAGAGUUUGUGUUCUUGUGUGGCUCUCUGGUAAAUUGUGGUUUCUGACAUGAUCUGAAGGUGCUUCCCCUGCUCCUGGUGCAGUGAGGGAGCAAAGACACUGGCCACAGGGCUGGAGGGAGAGCGAGGGGCCAGGCCCAGCGCAGAAGCACAGCACCCGCCCUCUGGCUUCCAGACAGCUCAACAAACUACACCUCAGUCCUGUUCACACCUCUGCUGUCUUCCAGUGGAGGUGACAACUGUGCCAAACUGUAUGUGUUAUGAUACAGAGCAAUGUUCACCAGACAGUAGGUUGCAGCUCGUGGCUCACGAUGCGUUUGGUUCCAGGUGGCGCAGGGGGCGAUGUGCCCGCCUGCCCUUCACUUCCAGCUCAUCUUUAAGUGUACUUCAGGUUAUUUUGAAGCAUCCUUAUUUUGUAAAGCUUAAUUUAUAAUCUGAACAGAUUCAGUAAGAUUUUUGCCCUUUACAGUCUCAAGAAGUGCUGGUAGCAGAUGAUGUGAGUGGGAGCAGCAGCAGGGCAGGGUGGGCAGGAGCUUGCCGAGGGCUGAAGCUCAGCUGCCGUGUGCCUGCUGCCACAACGCCGAGGCAGGACGUUGUUCUUCCACUUGGUUUUCUCUGUGUGAAGGAUCUGUUGCUUGGGGCUGUCACUGCUUUGCCAGCUCUUUGAAUGUAGUUUUUUUUCCUAAAUAUUUAUUUGCACAUUCAAGUCAAAUAAACCAUCAGUUUUAAAGGUC